AACCAAUUGUUAGGUUCCUACAGUAAGUAGAGCAUUGUCGGAUGCAUUCCGAGGUGGAGCUGAGCUUACUUCCGUUUGUCAUUCAGCUAGAGAGCUGCUGGAUACAUGGUGUGUCGCUUGUCAGGAAGCUGCAUUUUGUGACGAGACAUCAUGACACUUUUUCACUUUGGGAACUGUUUUGCUCUGGCCUAUUUUCCGUACUUUAUAACCUACAAGUGCAGCGGCCUCUCGGAGUACAAUGCCUUCUGGAGAUGUGUCCAAGCUGGAGCAAUGUACCUGUUUGUCCAACUUUGUAAGAUGCUGUUUCUAGCCACAUUUUUUCCCACGUGGGAGGGAGGAGUAGGAGCGUAUGACUUUGUAGGGGAAUUCAUGAAAGCCACAGUGGACCUGGCAGACCUUUUAGGCCUCCAUCUCGUUAUGUCUCGCAACGCUGGCAAAGGAGAAUACAAGAUCAUGGUGGCUGCCAUGGGCUGGGCAACAGCAGAGCUCGUGAUGUCGAGGUGUCUUCCCCUGUGGGUCGGAGCCAGAGGGAUUGAGUUUGAUUGGAAAUACAUCCAGAUGAGCUUUGACUCAAACAUUAGUUUGGUACAUUACAUUGCUACGGCAUCAGUGGUAUGGAUGUUUACACGAUACGACCUUCCAAAGAGCUUCAGGCUGCCUGUGACUGUGCUGCUGGCUCUCUGUGUCUAUAAGGCCUUCUUAAUGGAGUUGUUCGUUCAUGUCUUCCUGUUGGGCAGCUGGACAGUGUUGCUGGUGAAAGCCGUGCUGACUGGGGCCAUCUCUCUGUGCUCGCUUUUCCUCUUUGUCACUCUGGUUCACUCCAACUAAAUAACCCUAACCCCCCCACCGGGCCAAAGCCUUUGACAGUCUUUCUGGUCCUGAUAGGACCGGGGUUGUCCUGAAUCAGGAGCAUACACCACAUCAGUCUUGCUGUCACCAUACAACAUUUAAGAUGGCUGAAAAACUACAGUUGAUAUUGAGCAGAAGUUGGGCAGGUCUGCCUGGAACACUUACCAGUGCUCCCAGUUUAUUGUGAUGAACCCAUUGUUAAAAACUGUGUGUGCUUUCAGUCCAUCUGUUGAAGCUGCAGAGCUGCGGUGGUGACAUCAGAAGGCUUCUGUAAUACGAUUGGCUUAUCUAAGCUGUGUUGGUUUCAUGGAAAUGUGACUUUUAUAUCAAAUGAAUCAAGACUUAGUUAACAGCAUAUUUAGUUUUAAAUGUUUUCCAGCAUUAAUGCUCAACGUAAGAAGUUUAAUAUAUAACAAAUAAAUGACAUCAGUAGUUUGUUUGCCCACAUGUGUCUUUUUGUUUGUAUAAAAGUAGUAAAAACAUGCAUUCUAGGACUUUUUUUUUCUAAUUAUUGAAAAGACUUGAGGUCUAAAUAAAAAAUCAGAAAUGCCUUGUUGUAAAAUUAAUGACAGGUUCUGUGAUUUUGACAUGAAUAAAUGUCUUUGUAUUCUUUCUCUCAA